GCUUGACUCCAUUAUUCUCAAUUUAGUUCGUUUUAAUUACUAUAAAUCGCUGUGCAGGCCCUUGAAGAAGCACAUCUUCAAGAUGAUGUCGUUUAUGAUAAUUCUUGGGGUUAUUGCUGGGACGGCAGUAGCCAUGCCCACAAAAGGGCCCCAGUGCUUUGGUGAGGGUAGGUUCCCUAACCCCAAUACUUGUGGUGGCUUCUUCGACUGUAUACCUGAUGGCACUGGGGGCUAUGAAAUGUCUUUUGACGACUGUAAUGGAUUUGUCUACAACACCACCUCCAGGACGUGUAGCAGUGAAAGAGAAUGUCGCUCCCGAAGUGAGCGGAGUGUUACUACAGCAUAUCCCAGGUACUCCUACUUGUGUGAAGGUCAGCCUGAUGGCUUCGUGUGUGCUGACUGCAGGACCAUGGUCAUGUGUGUAAAAGGGCAGGCCUUUGUCCGCCAGUGCACCAGCGCAAGAUCCUGCAGUAUUAAAACCACCUUUGGUGGUGCAGUGUGCUACCCAGGGCUUCCGGCUGAAUGUACCUGCCAGAGUGGAGACACGUUUGUCCGUGAUCUCUAUGACCCACAGAAGUUCUUUAGCUGCUCCUCCACUGGAUCAAUCCCCGAAAACCACGUGUGCCCUGAUGGCAUGGUAUUUGAUGAGACCCUUAAUCAGUGCCGCAACCAAGCCAGCCUUCCAGCUUGUGGACGGCCUGGUGUCUUUGCAAAUCUGGAAGACUGCUCUGAAUAUUACUCUUGCAUCUCGCUUCGACAAGGGUGGCUGCAGAGACUGUUCAUGUGCCCCAGUGGAACGCUGUUCAACGAAGUAACGGGAUCUUGUGAAGAUCCUUGCAAACGGACAAUGGUGUGCUAUGAGGAAGGCAGGUUCCCAGAUCCCCUUGACCGCCGCAGCUACUAUGAAUGCCUGAUUAUUGGUGGCCUAAUGAAGCGUGCCCGCUACCAGUGCCCCCAUGGUUAUGUAUGGAAAGCUGAUGAUGCUGGUGAGGGGGGGGCAUGUGGGGAAAAACCCCAUAAAGGCUCGGAAAUUGGGACACUUCCCCCGGGCUGUACAUCCCCCGGGGGCUUUGGGUCCUGA